UUAGUGAAUCGCAAGAAUCGGGAAGAGUGGACCAAUCGUGUGUGUUAGAUCGAAUCGAAUAAGCAAUCGAGAUGUCAACAUGUGAUUGAACAUCGAUUGAUUGAUGAACCGGAUCGACGUGGAAAAUCGACGUGUUCGACAGUGCGUAGGAAUAGAAGGUUGAUCGAUCCGACCUCUUCUGCAAGGAAUGGCUAUACAUCUUCAAGAGGUGGUGCGCUCAGAGGUGGAAGGUGGUCUAGCUGGACCAGCUAAUCCCAUACCUAGUCAGUUAAUAGACUGUGGCUGUGGACAGUUACCAUGCCCGAGAUUGGCAAGAUUCGCAACCAGACGACUUUUCGUUGGUCUGAUGUCAUGGGUUGGGCUGAUCCAAGCUGCUGCUUACGCCUACCUCCACGUGGUAGGACCCACGAUCACUAGGAGGUUCCAAUUUGACCCCUAUGUAAUGGAAUGGGUACUUAUAAUAUCAGAUUUAACACCUUUCGUUUUCGGAGUGAUAGUUGCUUACUGGGGUGACAGAAUUCACAGAGCAGCAUGGAUUGGAAGCAUGGUUCUUCUGCAGAGUGUUUCGUACUUUAUUAUGAUAAUUCCACACCUGACACAUCACACGAAAGUCAUUGAGGAAACUGAAAACAUGACACACAUGUCGAUAUAUGCAGAUGAUAGUCGAGAUCUGUGUUCAGAUAAUUCUGCCAGAAUUAUCGCACAUGAAGAUGUGCCCUGCUAUUUCACAUUCGCGACGAUCGUCGUUGUACAAAUUAUAUCUGGUAUAGCGAACAUUGCGUAUUUUGCAUUAGGUAUUUCUUAUUUAGACGACAAUACGAAAAAGAAACACAUAGCUGCUUUCAUUGGAGUCCUCAUAGCUGUAAAAAUCUUUGGUGUUCUUCUGGGAAGCUUCUUGGCGUGGGGUUGCCUUAGAAUCGACGCAGUGACACUCAGCCCUAUAGAGUCCUACAGAGAGCAAAUCGGCGCAUGGUGGUUAGGAUUACCAAUUCUCACAAUCCUGUUCAUAGUGCCUGGUUUACUUCUCUCGUGGUUCCCUCGAAUGUUACCAUCUGAGGUUGUCGAGAAGGCUGCAGCUUCGUUAUUAAGCAAUUCCGACAGACGAAGUCGAAUACCUCGCAGAAUGAUCAGUCAAAAGGUUGGAAGUUCUAAUUUUUGGCCAUCAUUGGGUAGACUCUUCAUUAAUAAAAUUUUUAUGUGCCAAGCCUUGGCUUGUACUUUUUAUGUUAUGGCUAUUGUAAACUUCGUGGGUUUCGAAAAUCUUAUUGCGCAAUCGCGAUUCUAUGUUCCGAAACCAACCGGAAUGUUACUCGGUUUCGAGGAUCCAAUGUCGUCGAGACUAAUAUCAAAUAUUCUAAAACCCAUCCUAGUUGGCUUAAUUAUAAUUAUUUCUGGUUUAGUAAUUGCGAAAGCAAAACCUAGUGCUAGGAGUAUCGUCGGUUACAGUAUUAUCGUUGUCCUUUUGGCAGCUGGAAUUAUUUUUUCAUUGACUGCUGCAACUUGUGAUAAGAAACCCAUUGUUGGAACUACUCAGAGAGGAUCUCUUGUUUUACUAAAAUAUUGCAACAAAAAUUGUGGUUGUUCGAACGAUGCUGAUUUUCGCCCUGUUUGCGAUACUAAAGGCACGUUUACCUUCUAUAGUCCUUGCCAUGCUGGAUGCACUUCCUCUCAACUUAGAAAUGAUAUAACAACUUACAGUGGGUGCAGUUGUGUAAAAGAAUUAAUGGGAACAGAAACUGUGGACGCGAUCGAUGGACCUUGUACUUCAAAUAGUUGUCAAAUCAGUUGGUUAGCUUUCGAGUUUGGAAUUCUGUUCGCAUAUAUUUUAAUUGCAACGGCAUUUGUGGGAGAUAUAUUGGUAAUGUUGAGAUCAGUCAACUCUCAAGACAAAGCUAUCAGUAUAGGACUUUGGUUGACAUUCUUUGCUAUAUUCGUGAAUGUUUCUGGGAAAAUUCUUUACGACACGAUAGCGAGACUAACGUGUCAGUAUUGGGGAACUAAAAGAACUUUAUGCCACCUACAUGACGGUUUCAAGCUUGGCAACUAUCUGUGUUACUUGACGGGUUCGCUAUUGGUUUUGUGCGUUAUAUUAAAGAUCUGUGCGUGGUUCUUUUGUCGGGACUUAAAGCUUUACAUUCCCAAAGAGGCAAAAACGACAUCGGGCACAGAAUUGAAAGAACUGACCCGUAAUCCUGAUGCUGCAGCUGAACAACCAAAGGAGCAAGUUGAAACCAACCAUGAAAAUCAAACAUCAAUACAAGUAGAAGUCACAAAUGAAGAUGCAAAGGAUCCAACUAAAUCUCUAACUGAGAACCAAUCCACACCAAAAGAGGAUAAAGAGACCAAAGAAUCGCCUCUGAAGUAUGGUCCUCUUGGACCUGGUGAUCGUCGAACAGAUUCCAAAUCUUCGCUCAACCAGACACCUGAGACUCAAAAAUCAAGAUAUCGGAACCUAGACUCGGAAGACGAAUUAAGUUCCACCGACGAAGAAGAUAAAAAGGAUUCGAGUCCAAAGGUAGCGUACAAACCUUUGGAUCUGGACUCUGAUGUAGAAAGUGACCUGAACCAGGUAGAGGCAAGAUCACGCAAGCGCAUCAUGGGGAAGGAAUACGAACCUGUCUACAACAGCGACUAUAGUUCUUCGAACAGAAGCUCACUCUUCAAACGCGAAUUCCCCAACCCGGAUAACUACGAGGAUCCAAGGCUAAAUAGAAGGCUGCGAUACAAGGACCAAAACGAGAACAUUGAUGGUUCCUCCAAGACCAGUAGUUUCGAAUUCUCUAGAAAGAGACAAGAUGACAAAGUACAGAAAAAAGGAGAUUUUAAUGAAGUCGGCAUACCUGUAGUGGAAUCCUAUGUUCCUGGUUCUGCUUUGAAAGGGGUGAAGUCGUUGAUCAAUCAAUACGAAUUAAACGUUGAUCAGGGGCCUGGAGGAGAUCAGGACUCAGUGAGAUCAGGGGAAAGUGGAAGUAUCCCAGAGAAUAAGACAGUCGGCGGUAUUCCGUUAGUAGCCAUGGCGUCCAAGAGACCUUCCUCCAGAGGUCAGUACUCUUCAGGGAUUAGUAACUUGGUAGAUAGCAAGAUUACAGAUAAUCGACCAGAAUCCCGAGAAAGCGUUAGCCCAAAAGCUUCUAGCAAGGGAAGCGUUGGAACAUUGCAUACCGAUUUCUAA